GGGACGGGGAGGAGAAACUAGCCCUUAAUAAUCUAAUGCUGGAUUUUGAUGAACAAAUGGGCUUCAACAACCUUCACUUGAGGAGCCAAAGGAGACUGCCCACCGCAAGCUGCCAAUCUGCUGACCUUUAAGGUACGUUCUAACUUUUUAUUUUCCUUGUGGUUUCUAGGAGGUUAGAGACUUGGUGUCUAUUCCCUGCCCAGGGACUUUUACAAAGGUCUUCAAAACAGCCUGUCCCUUUUCCUUCAAAGCUUGAUUUAAAGGAGGGCGGAAAGAGGCUUCAAAUUCUUCACCCAGGACCCACCCUCGUGUUUCUCUUUCAAGCCUCCAAGUUUUGAAAGAGAAAUGAGUGGUGUGUUUGGUUUGAAGGUGGACCAGAGCUGUAUCUAAGGAACAGCCAGGACUUUUAUCCUCCUGCCCCACAAUCUCCAGGGGAUUGGGUUUGUCCGGGAACCGGCGGUGGAAUACCUCCACCAGAUACCUGUCAUCGAAGGCUUCCGUGGGAACCCACGUGUUUUCGGACCCGGGUUCCCCCUCCCAAGCUACCAAAUACUCCACCUGGCGCCCUCGUCACCUUGAGUCCAGUAUUUCCGUGGCCCUGUGAUGGUGUUCCCUUUCUUCUACCUGUGGGUGUGUGGUGACUUCUCCCUCUUGCCCCUGGAAUCCCCGCCCCUCCUUAUGCGGUGAGAGCAGGGACCUGUGGAAAACCGGGUGUAUUUUCAUGCUAUCAGGCAACUUGAGCUUAAAUGCCACGGGAUUUACUUACUGUGUUACCUCAAAAGGUCCCAGCCGUCUGGGCUGCAACUUCUUGCACCCCCCUUUGAAAGGUAGCCCUUGGGUGGGCAACCACACCCGGUCCCCCACCCAUAUGGUCUCCCCUUCCCUGCGGUGCUUGUCUGCCUGCCUCUUGUAAGUUUCCUUGGCCCGCUCCAAGUUCAUCUUAAGUUGCUGGUGCAGGGCCUCCAUUUCUUCCACAAACUGCUCUGCCGCGGGUACGCUCCAGUUUUCCUCCCCACUCCCCGGGAAGGCCCUGGGAUGACACCCAUGGUUGGCCAUGAAUGGACUCAUUCCCGUGGACACGUGUUCCGCGUUGUUGUACGCGAAUUCAGCCAGCGCUAGUUUUUCUACCCAAUCGUUCUGCCUCUCGCUGACGUAGCAGCAUAGGUAUUGCUGGAGUAUACUGUUCACUCUUUCUGCUUGCCCGUUGGUCUCCAGGUGUCUCGCCGUCGAGAAACCCACCUCCACCUGCAGCAAGCUCAUGAGCUUCCUCCAGAACCGGGAAGUAAAUUGUUUCCCGCGGUCGGAGAUAACCCUCAAGGGGGCGCCAUGCAGCCGGAAGAUGUGCUCCACAAACAACCAGGCUGUUUCCUCUGCCGUUACAGCAUGUGAGCAAGCUAUAAAAUGGCACAUUUUUGUCAGUAGGUCGACCACUACCAUGACCGCUGUCUUUCCCCAGGACUUGGGCAAAUCUGUCAUAAAAUCAAUGGACACCACCUCCCAGGGUUUCCCCGGCAUGGGUAAGGGUUCCAGUAAUCCUGCGGGGGCAGCCCACUCCCCCUUUGCCCUUUGGCAGCGGUCGCACCCCCGUACAUAUUCCCGUACAUCCUCCCUCACCCUGGGCCACCAGAAGUGCCUGGUCACGAGCAUCAUGGUUUUGUGCUGUCCAAAGUGCCCAGCUGUGGGGUUGUCGUGGAGUUGUUUGAGUACCUUUCCCCUCAGGGUCUCCCCUGGUACGUACAGCGCUCCCCUAUAGUACAGUACCCCUUCCUUCUCCUCAAACCCUUCUUGGGUCCCUCUUCCUUCUCGGAGUUCCCGGAUUUUAGUUUGCGCGAACACGUCGUUUCUGGUCAGCCCGGCUAGUUCUCGUUUCCCCACCAAAGUUCCCCCACACACCCAUCGGUCCUCGGGGAUAACGUGUCGUUUCUCCGGCGGCCCCUCUCCUUCCAAGUACUCCGGUUUACGCGAGAGAGCAUCUGCUCUUACGUUUUCCUCUCCGGGCACUUAUCGGAUUUCAAAGAAAAACUUGGAGAACUCCUGUGCCCAUCAAAUCUGUCUCUGGUUGAGUACUCAUGCGGUCCUCCAGUACUCCAAGUUCUUGUGAUCUGUGCAAACCUGGAUCUGUUGUUGCACCCCUAUCAGUAGAUGACACCAACGACGAAAGGCCGCGUAGAUCGCCAGCAGUUUGCGGUCAUACACGGUAUAGUUUUGCUCCGACUUGCUCAGUUUUCUCGAGAAAAAGGCACACGGUUUCCAUUCCUGCUUGCCCCUCCCUGGCUGCAAAAGGACCGCCCCGAUGGCUCUGUCGGACGCAUCGGUCUCUAGCCUCAUGGGUUUCUCCAGAUCUACGUGCAGGAGUUGCUCUUCCGAUGCGAACGCCUUCUUCAGUUUUUCAAAGGAUUGCUGGGCCUCCUCUGUCCACACAAACUUCUUUUUGCUACUGAGACAAUCCAUGAUGGGCGCUGUCAAGUGGGCGAAGUUCUUGAUGAACUUCCUGUAGAAGUUGCUGAACCCUAGGAACCUCUGCACGUCCUUCCGUGUUUUGGGAGCCUUCCACUCCAGCACUGCCUGCACCUUGCUUGGGUCCAUCGCUAAGCCUUUGUCAGACAACUUGUACCCCCAGAAACUCGACUUCUCUGGCGUGAAACUGACAUUUUUCCAGCUUGACCCACAACUGGUGCUUCUGCAGCCGUUGUAACACUUCCCUGACGUCUCUAACAUGUUGCUCCUCGUUGUCCGAAUAAAUUAAGACGUCAUCCAAGAAGGCUACGCAGUUCUUGUACAGCAGAGACCCCAACACGUGGUGCAUGAAAGCUUGAAAACAGGCGGAGCCCGACUGUAAUCCAAAAGGCAUAACUAAGUACUCAAAGGCACCUAGGGGUGUGAACAUUGUGGUCUUCCAUUCAUCCCCCUCCCUCAUCCUGAUCAAAUUGUAUGCGCCCCUGAGGUCCAGCUUGGUAAAAAUUUUCCCUUUCCUCACUCGCGUUAAAAUGUCAUCAAUCCUGGGCAUUGGGAAGGUCACGGGUUCUGACACCAAAUUGACGGCCCUAUAGUCCACAACGAGCCUGGGUUUAUUUGUGUCCUUUUUGUCCACAAAGAACACCGGACUGCCCCCUACCGCCUUUGAUUCUCUUAUGAAGCCUCUUUUCAGGUUCUUGUUAAUAAAUUCUCGCAACUCCUUCAUCUCCCUGUCCGACAUGGCAUACAGCUUACCCACUGGCAGCUGAGCCCCCGGGAGCAAGUUGAUCUGGCAGUCAAAGGGCCUAUGGGGUGGCAGUCUAUCUGCCUCCUUCUCGCUGAAGACCUCCCGCAGAUCUGCAUAUUGCGGCGGCACCUCUCCCUUCCGCUCCACAGCCAUCCCAGCCACCCUGGCCACGCUCAUCCUUGGGGUUGCUCCUCCUAGACAGUGUUCCAGGCAGUAAGCUGACCCAAAGGUGACUGUCCUCUGAUGCCACGCCACCACUGGAUCAUGUUGUGCUAGCCAGCUCAUCCCUAAUAUUAUUGGGGGCCCUGCUAGUGAGGCGACGUGAAAGGCGAUGGUCUCCGAGUGCCUGGACACCCUCAUUCUCAUUGGUGGGGUCUGGUAUGUCACUUCCCCUCCUAGAAGCUCCCUGCCAUCAAUGGUGGUCACUUGCAAGGGAUAAUCCAAAGGCAGUAAGUGGAGCUAGUGCUCUAAUGCAAAGUCUUUGCUGAAGAAAUUACAUGAGCUGCCUGAAUCCAGCAUCCCUUUCACCUUGACUGGGUGCCCGUUCGGGAGUUCUAGCACCACUUCGAUGGCUAUUGCCGCCUUGGGGGGGUCUGGUUGGGGCACUUUUACUGGUGGCUAGCCUGGCUGCUGUGCCCCUUGAUUGGCAGCCAAGCGUUCCCGUUUCCCUGUUCCUGUUCCUUUACCACCUCCUCCUCACCCCCUGUGGCUCCCACCAUUCCUUGCCAGGCCUUUCUUUGAGGGCAGGCUCUGGCAAAAUGUCCUGGCUGCUGGCAAAGGAAACACUUCUUGGUGGUUUUCCAAUCCUUUCCCUCCUUUUUGCGCCCUUCGCUGGCGCUUGAAACUUCCCGUGCGCGUGCCCCAUCUAUUUCCAUUGGCUCUGCUGGCGGGGAAGGCUGCCUUGGUAUUUCAGGAAUGCGGUAGUCAUGGCAACGUUGCUCUCUCCCUUCCCGCCUCUCCUGGGCCCGCGCUUCCUGCCGCACGCCAAUCGCAAGCACAGCCUUGGUCAGCUGAUCCAUCCCCUGUGGGCGGGGUGCGCGGGAAAGCUCAUCCUUAACCGUUGAGGACAACCCCUCCUCGAAUAACAUUUGUAUGGGUUCAGAGUCCAGUUGCCACCCGAGGCGAUGAACUAUCAUGGCAAAGCGCGACCAGUAGUCUCUAACUGACUGGUUCCCCUGUUUACAGUUCAUCAGUUCCCGCUUUGUCACACUUUGUUGUACAUCACUGGAAAACAUUGCGUCCAUUGCCUGGAAGAAUUUCCUCAGGUCCUGCAUGGCGGCAUUCUGCGUCGCCAUAAGGGGCCUGACCCAUUCCCUGGCCCCAUCUUGCAGGUGACCCACAAUAUAUGCCACCCGCGCCGCAUCGUCUUCAAAAUCGUCAUGCUGCAGUUCCAAUGCGUACUCUAUUUCCGUUCGGAACGCACUAUAGUCCUGCGGCUUCCCCCCAAAUUUGUGCACCAGUCCCGGUACCUUCCUUGCUAUGGGGGUGGGCCUGACCUGUGCAUCUUGAGACCGCCUUUCGUCCAGCCGCGCCGUCAGAAUGGCCACAUGCUGCUCCAACUCCCGGUUCCUCUCCACCAGAGUUUGCCCUCCAGCUGCUCCCUCCUGGGCACUCGCUUCUCCGGGUUUGCUCAUGAUGCUGCCUGCCUGCUGCUGCGCACGAGCAACUUUCAGGGACUGACGGAUUGCUGUAAUGAGUAUGAGUUACUCGUGCGUAAACUGGUGCCUCUCUAGGCUAAUUUGCCUAGUUAAACCUUUCUGACUGCACAGCCCUUUCUAAUUGUGACAGCCUCAGUCGAUGGCAGAAUCCGUCAGUGGGCGUUUCUUGAACCUCUUCCAACAUAAAAGUUGUUUGACACCCAGUCUCCUCCUCCUCUCACUGUGCGGGAGUCUUCUGCGCAGGGAGGGCGUGGGUAGCGGAGGACCUGUCCCCUCCUCACUGAGGUCCAGUGAAGAGUCCUGGAGCCCUCUCUCCGAUUCCCCCAUCUGCCCCCCUUUAUCCCUGGUGUUGCGCUGGUUUGCUUCUCCCUCUACUGAGCUGUUUCUCCCCCUGCUGCUGGGUCCUUCGCCAGCAUCAUCUAGGAGCCUCCCCUUCGCCUCUCGCUCCGAUGUCAGUUCCCUGACACGGGAGAAUACACAAGCCAUUCUCGAGGGUAGGUUUCUCCAGUUACUUUGGUGGAAUGAAAUAAAUUCUUUGAGCAGAACCGGGCUUGGUUUUCGUAUGUUUGCUUUGAAGUGGUAAAAAGACCUUCCCAGUGCUGACAUUCUGAAGGACCUUUCUCAAUCCAGAAUGAUAUUUCCUUGUUAUUCAGUGUGGCCCAUAAACCUAUGUCACUCUCGUCUCUGAAAUAACUAGUACCAUGAACAAUUAUUAUUUUUGUAACUACGAUGCUAGAGUUUUUGCAGAGAUCGUUUGCUGUUUUUUCCAAUUCUUUAAGGUGCUAAUGAGCUUGAACUGCUUCUUUUGAUGUAACUAUUUCGUGGCAUGUUCCUUCAUGCCUUGUGUUAAUAUUUGCCUGUGGGUUCUGCCACGUCAUUGUCAAUUUCUCCAGAGGAUUUUGUACUUGUAGUGGUAGUUACUGUGGUACCUCGGGUUACAUACGCUUCAGGUUACAUACGCUUCAGGUUACAGACUCCGCUAACCCAGAAACAGUGCUUCAAGUUAAGAACUUUGCUUCAGGAUGAGAACAGAAAUUGUGCUCCGGUGGUGCAGCGGCAGCAGGAGGCCCCAUUAGCUAAAGUGGUGCUUCAGGUUAAGAACAGUUUCAGGUUAAGUAUGGACCUCCGGAACGAAUUAAGUACUUAACCCGAGGUACCACUGUACUGACAACAGUGCUCCUUGAAAAUUUUGGGAGGCUGCUUUCUGUAUAUAAACUGGUUUGUUCUUCAGUCUGCAUGACUGCCAAGUAUAGUCUACUUGAUUUUCUUCUGCUUAUAAUUACAGUUGUUCUGUAUCUGAGGGCUGUUUCUGCCUGUUGUGCAAAGCCCUUUAAACAUUUUGAGUACAGUGCUACCUUGGUUUAAGAACAGCUUAGUUUAUGAACAACUUGGAUUAAGAACGUGGUCAACCCGGAAGUAGGUGUUUUGGUUUGUGAACUUUGCCUUGGAAGCAGAACAUGUUGUGUGUGUUCCAUUUGUAAAUUGAGUCCCCGGCUGCUAUGGGAAAGCAGGCCUUGGUUUAAGAACGCUUUGGUUUAAGAAUGGACUUCCGGAACGGAUUAAGUUCGUAAAUCAAGGUACCACUGUAUCUCCUUCUAUUCUUUUUGUCGCUUUUGUUUACUAGCACCACUUUCAUAUCGCUUACUCAUUGCUAUUUUUGCAAAAAGUCAAAGUGAAAUAUUAUUGUGAUUCACAGUGAUGUACAAGAAUUCUCACUUGUUCUCAAAACACACUAGAAUGAUAAGACAGUGGUCUGAACACCUGUAAUGCUUCGCAGAUGACUUUAUCAUUUGAUUCUGAGUAGCUUCAAAACCUCCACAUACAGUAAGUACACACUUGUGUAACUGUUGGAGAGUAAGGUUACCAUAUUUUUUUCAGUGAAUCGAGGGACACUUUUCAACUUCAGUUGAAGGGGAUGGAUUUUGUCAGAGGACUGAUUUGUAAAUCCAGGGAUUGUCCCCGGGAAACGGGGACGUCUGGUAACCUUAUUGUAGAGCCACAGACUUAUGCAUCAUGUUUUAAUGUUACUAAGCUACUGGGCCGAGGCAGCUUCAACUUGCAAGAAAGGAGAUGCUGACUAAACAUAAGGAAGAACUUUAUGACAGUGUAAUAAACAAAAUCUGCCCUUAUUCCCUUAUGGAGGACAGAAGAGCCCUUAUAGAGUCCGUUGUAGGUUCUCCAUCAGUAGGAGGAAAUAACAGAGGCCAACCAGAGAAUAUUGAGAAGCAAAGCAGCUCGUAAGCCUGAUCUUUAUUGAACUGUUGCAAGAGGGUGCUCUCCUCACACACAGGAAAGGAGGAGGACCCAGAACCAAGGUGUGCCUGCCCUUAUAUAGACAUUUUAAAUUCCCUGCCCUGGAGCUCAAGACCACCCUCCAUACAUCAUACCUACAUCACAGAUAAGGUAGUCUACAACAGAAAUUUGAAUGUUGUUGUUUUUCCUGUCUGCCAGGUUAUCUGAUUGCCUUUCCUGGUAGUCUGGCCAUUCCUUUGAGAUGGUGAUUACCCAAUUCCUGAGACAAUGGGAAGGCUCCCCCACCCCCUCCCUCCUUGCAGAGAAAACAUUUGGUCAGUUGGGGAGUCAAAAUGGUUUCAGGGCGGUCCUCCUGUGCUGCUCCAGACUGUUCUGCUCCAUAUCUAUGUACGUGCUUGGUUGGUACAUUUAUGAACAUUUAUUAUACAUAGAAGACCUAAUUUUUUUUAUUUCAACAGUAAGAGCCGAUCGACAGUGGAACGGUCUCCCUUGGGAGGUUGUGGGCUCUCUUUCCUUGGAGGUUUUUAAGCAGAGUUCAGAUGGACAUCUGUCAUGGAUGCUUUAGCUGAGAUUACUGCAUUGCAAGGGGUUUGAUGUCUUCUUGGGAGAAGACAUUUGCAGGCAGCUGCCCAGUGAGGGUAGCCCUUUUGAUCUGCAGGAAGAAGGUCCCAGGUUCAGGCCAACACAGCUGCCUUAGGUGACAGGGGAUGGGAGAGAUCUUUCUCACUUUGCUUGAGACUCUGCUUGAGAUUCAAGGCAGCUUCCUAGACUGUCUUUAGCUGUGAUUCCUGCAUUGCAUGGGGUUGGACUAGAUGACCCUUUGGACCCAUCCAGCUCUGCAGUUCUAUGAUUCUAGAUAGUAAAAUCUGCCUGUUUGUUUUUUUAAUGACAAGAGGCCAUUGUUGUUGUUUAGUCGUUUAGUCGUGUCCGACUCUUCGUGACCCCAUGGACCAGAGCAUGCCAGGCACUCCUGUCUUCCACUGCCUCCUGCAGUUUGGUCAAAGUCAUGAUGGUAGCUUCAAGAACGCCAUCCAACCAUCUCGUCCUCUGCCGUCCCCUUCUCCUUGUGCCCUCCAUCUUUCCGAACAUCAGGGUCUUUUCCAGGGAGUCUUCUCUUCUUAUGAGGUGGCCAAAGUAUUGGAGCCUCAGCUUCACGACCUGUCCUUCCAGUGAGCACUCGGGGCUGAUUUCCUUAAGAAUGGAUAGAAGAAUUGAUCUUCUUGCAGUCCAUGGGACUCUCAAGAGUCUCCUCCAGCACCAUAAUUCAAAAGCAUCGAUUCUUCGGCGAUCAGCCUUCUUUAUGGUCCAGCUCUCACUUCCAUACAUCACUACUGGGAAAACCAUAGCUUUUACUAUACGGACCUUUGUUGGCAAGGUGAUGUCUCUGCUUUUCAAGAUGCUGUCUAGAGGCUGAGUCUCCUCUAAAUUAUGAGGCCCUGGGCUGCAGCCCACUCAGCCCAUAUGUAAAUCUGACACUGUCUACUCCUUAUACCAACGAAAGUUGUUGUGACCAUUGUGCGCACUCUGAAAUGUGUGAUAUUUCCUGAGGGCAAAACCACACUUACAGGAUGACUGAACGAUAAAGGUGGGGCUGCUUACUGAAAGAGAUUUAUUGAGCCCAAUCAGACGUGAGUAACAUUUUAACUGAGCUGUUUAAGCAGAUAUUUACCUACCAGCCUGUCUUCUGGUUUAUAUUAUCCUUUUGCUUAAUUUUGUUUACACAUCAACACUGACGCAGCUUAUUUUAGAUACGUAUAUGCUGAAUAUAAUACAACACUGUUCUUAUAUUCUUUUUAUUGCCUUUGCAUUUGCUUCAGGUGUUUCUCGCAUUUCUUGUUCCUCAUCCUGAUGCGUUUUGAUGCCUACCUCAGCAGCAGCUGUUCGGGGCACACCUGACGAAGCAGCAGACUCCAGAUGAACCCGGGCGACAAACGGUUCUGGUCUCGACUCUGUCUCUCUGUAACAUGUCCUUCAAUUUACGGCUUCGGAAGCAGAACUUAGCACUGACCGUCUGCGUGGUUUUCCUUGUUAGUCUUACUCUUUCGCUGCUACAGAGGGCAACCAGGUGAGUUAUCUGGGUUCUUUGGGAAGGUGGGCUGGGAAGGGCAUAGUUUUGAGUGCUUUUUUGAAAUGUCAAACAGUAUCAGAGAUAGCCAGGCCGCCUGAGACAUCCACCGAGGCAAGCACCCCCAUUUAUAUAUAUAAAGUAAAGGUAAAGGGACCCCUGACCAUUAGGUCCAGUCGUGACCAACUCUGAGGUUGCGGUGUUCAUCUUGCUUUAUUGGCCGAGGGAGCCGGCGUACAGCUUCCAGGUCAUGUUGCCAGCAUGACUAAGCCACUUCUGGCGAACCAGAGCAGCACACGGAAACGCCGUUUACCUUCCUGCCGGAGCCGUACCUAUUUAUCUACUUGCACUUUUGAUGUGCUUUUGAACUGCUAGGUUGGCAGGGGCAGGGACUGAGCAACGGGAGCUCCCCCCAUGGCAGGGAUUCGAACCACCGACCUUCUGAUCGGCAAGUCCUAGGCUCUGGUUUAACCCACAGUGCCACCCCCCCCACAUGUUGUAGAGUGUUAUAAGAAAACAAACUGCUUUUUUUCCCUUAUGGGGUACCCAAGAGCCCGUAUAGAGUCCUUAUGUAGGUUCCCUAUCAGUAGGAGAACACAACAGAGGCCAACCAGAGAAUAUUGAGAAGUAAAGCAGCUAGUAAGCCUGAUCUUUAUUAAGCUGUUGCAACAGGGUGCUCACCCCCCCAUGCAGGAGGGAGGAGGAACCCAGAACAUUGGUGUGCAAGCUCUUAUAUAGACUUUUGAAAUUGCCACCCUGUAGCUCAAGGCCACCCCGCAAUACAUCAUACAUACAUCACUGAAAGGGCGGUCUACAGCAGAAAACCUGUCUGCCAGGAUACCUGAUAAUGGUCACUGGUUGCUUUUACCUGGGCAUCCUGGCCAUUCUUUUGUGAUGGUAAAUACUUAGUUCCUGAAUCUCUUACGCAUAUUGAUAGUGUGCUCAGUUUAACAGAUAUUUGUAGGUGUAAGCCCCUACAGUCCAAAGACAAUUGGAAAGCUUUUCCCAUUUCCUUCCUCCUUGCAGAGAAAUAUUUGAGGUCAAUUUGGGAGAGUCAAAAUGGCUUCAGGAUUGUUCUCCUGUACUAUUUCAGACACGUGGUUUAUAUACUUAUGUAUGUGUUUGCCUUAUACAUUUAUGAACAUUUAUUUUAUAUCUUAGACCUUAUAAUUCUUUUAACAAAAGGAAAACCUGUAGACAAUCAGCUCUGAGAGCCUUCUUAAAAAACUUGAGCUGUUUUAACAAGGAAGUGCAAAUGGGCUUCAGCAGAGUCUGUAGCAACCACAAGCUCUGAAAUUAAUUCCAGCGCUGUGUGUGGUUCUUUCCCCCCACAGAGAGAAGACUACGUUAGGACAGUUAUCAAAGUGCCGGGAAUUGAAUCGGUUAUUUGAAGUAAGGGAAUUCUCUCAGAGGUGAGUCUUUCUGGUUGGGCUGGCAGGCCUCACUGUUGGGCAGAGAGAGGCAGCUGAUUUGGGGUGUCAUGGAAAGGCAGAAAAUCUUUAGUUGUGCCUGGCGCAUCAACUUGAGGCGCGCCAACUGAGGGGGGUCAAAGGUGUCAAUUUGCAUUUCUAAGUACAGAAAGUAUCGAUCAGAUGUGUAGAGAUCUUUCCUAUUCUGCUUAAUUCAAGAGGGCUCUGGAAGCUUCUCUGUGUGAAAGAAACAAGCAGAAGGUUCGAGAUGUUUGAGUUAUUCCUUCAGAGAAGCUGGCUUAAACUGGUUCUCUUAUCUGACUAUAAUAGUAAGGUCAGAAGGAGCCUGGGAUUCACUUUCUCUUUCUAUCUCUUUUUGUUGUGACCAUUGUGCGCACUCUGAAAUGUGUGAUAUUUCCUGAGGGCAAAACCACACUUAUAGGAUGACUGAACGAUAAAGGUGGGGCUGCUUACUGAAAGAGAUUUAUUGAGCCCAAUCAGACGUGAGUAACGUUUUAACUGAGGGAGGGGGAAUAUGCAGAGCUGGAGAUAUGCGCAGAUAAGCACAUCCUGAGUACCGGUGAUGAGAAGACAAUGGUCCAUGUAUGCAUAGUCUGCCACCUGGCAUUGCCCGGAGGAAAGGCUUGGCAGAGUGAUUUGACAGGAUUAGGGUCUUCCUGAGAGUAUGUGACACCUUGCUUGAGGGAUUAUGGAGGACAGGGGAGGUGUCAUGGAGUCCUAGAGAAAUUGAGCAAAUUGGCACGUUGAUUUUCUAUGAAUUUUAUGGAUUUUAGUCCUUUUUGACAUUGACAAUUGGACUUGGAAAUAAAUGGAUAUAUUGUAGCGAAGAAGAAGGUGAAGAAGACAUGCCCCCCGCUUCCGUAUCAAAGUUAAGUCUGCUGCAGCUGGAUUUCAUACGGACAGUGCCAGUCCUGAAUGUAUUGGAUUUGUGACCAUUCUGCUCAUUUGCCUUCAGUAGCAGUAAAGCUCUGCUGGAUGAAAUACAAUUGCCUCUGGUCUAUUUUGAGGGGGGAAUCCUGCAACGUGUUUAAGUUUUUACUCUGCUAACCAUACGUCGGAGUUCUGCUCUGGACCAUUUUGAGUAGAAUUCCACGACAAAAAGCAUCUCAGCCCCCCUCUAUAUUUGCUUGAGACGUCACACCCCGGGCCUCCACAAUCUUGGGGCACCUCUCUGUUGUGAGAUUUGUUAUUGCCAAAUUUCUUUACUUCCCUGAAGAAGCAUGUCUUCCAGCCCCCGGGGUCUCUUGUGGAGGAAGCAAGCAAAGAAGUAGGACCUCAGAAGAUGAUCCUGGGGUCCACUUAGGUUCAUACGGAAAAAGGGAUGAACUCUGAAACUAGUCGUUGGUAAUCUCUCUCUCUCUCUCUCUCUCUCUCUUGCUGGCAGUGCUCAAUUCAGCAAGACAGCCAGCGAUGAGAAGCGGGUUCGUGUUGUCAACACGUGGAAACUUCCUCAAAAAGAUAAGGGCAUUCUGGAGCAUGUGCUACUUACUCAGGAGUGCCCUUGGGAACCCAAUCCUGCAGCAAUGGCCCAAUACAGGUAAAGCCAUCCACUCACCUGUUUGGAGAGACACCUGGAAAGACAGACAGCAAUGGUUGUAUAUGCCGUUGUUAGACCCUCCAGCCAGAAGCAUUAGCAGCAGCUCCCAGACCAACCCCACAAAGCUCCACAUGGAGCAUGUUACAGUAAUCCAGUCUCAAAGGUUACCGGUGUUCUAGACAGAGGUUUGGGAGAGAGAUCCUUACUCACUCGUAGCAGAGUUAGGCACAAUGGUGAUUGCUCCAAGCACAUUUAAACUUGGUUAGAUUUUUCACCUGCCCCCCAUCCUUUGAACAAACAUUCUGCAUGAAAAUACCUAGGCUAGAAUAAAUCACAUAGAUUACUCACAGCAUUUCUAGAAGCUACAUUAAACAAGUCUUCUAUCUGUUGAUGGUAAAACAAAGAUGAAAAAGGUUCCAAAUGACUCUAAAAGAAAAGUACUUUGUUUCUGCACAAAAAGUCUCGUGCAAUCUUUGGGUUAGCAAAGAUGCAGGCUGUAAAAUCUCCCUUUCGGGGAAAUUCAGUUCAAUUGGGUUGUUGUUGUUUUUUUGCUGUUGGGGGCCUUAGGCACACGGCUCCUUCUUUGCUUGUUCCAGAAAGCAUGAAGAGAAAAGGGAAGAAUGGGAGGGAAGAAACAAAAGGCUGCAGAGAGCCUGCUAAGCUCUAUCCCCACUGGCUAUCUGAGCUCAGGUUAACUCCUUCAUGCACGGAAGUGUGAGUCAGUAACUGUAUAUUACAACAAGUGCCUAGACUACCGUAGACAAGCUAGCUUCCUGUCCAAGAAUGGACAAAGCUGGUAAUAACAACAACAACAAUUUUAUUAUUUACACCCCACCCAUCUGGCUGGGUUUCCCCAGCAACUCUGGGCGGCUGCCAACAUCAUAAUAAUAAUAAUAAUAAUAAUAAUAAUAAUAAUAAUGCGAUAAAACUUCAAACAUUAAAAACUUCCCUAAACAUGGCUGCCUUCAGAUGUCUUCUAAAAAUCAGAUAGUUGUUUAUUACCUUGACAUCUGAUGGAAGGGCGUUCCACAGGGUGGGCGCCACUACCGAGAAGGCCAUCUGACUGGUUCCCUGUAACCUCACUUCUCACACUGAGGGAACCGCCAGAAGGCCCUCGGCACUGGACCUCAGUGUCCGGGCAGAACGAUGGGGGUGGAGACGCUCCUUCAGGUAUACUGGGCCGAGGCCAUUUCACGCUUUAAAGGUCAGCACCAGCACUUUGAAUUGUGCUUGGAAACAUACUGGGAGCCAAUGUACAGUGGUGCCCCGCAAGACGAAUGCCUCGCAAGACGAAAAACUCGCUAGAUGAAAGGGUUUUGCGUUUUUUGAGCUGCUUCGCAAGAUGAAUUUCCCUAUGGGCUUGCUUCACAAGACGAAAACGUCUUGCAAGUUUGUUUCCUUUUUCUUAAAACCGUUACAGUAAUACAGGGUGCAUUGCUUGAAGAGGUGCAGUUGCGACUUGACUUCGAGGAGCAACUCAUAGCACACGGUGUGUUAGCCUUUUUUGAGGUUUUUGAAGACUUUGGUGAUUUUUGAAGCUUUUCCAAAACUUCUUUUGCAGCCAUUUGGUAAGUUAAACUUUUAAAACUUUUUUGGGGGGGUUUGGAUUUUGGGUUGGGGUGUUUGGAAUUCAAGGACUUGGUGUUGGGGAGGGGUUUGCAAGAGUCUGGAAGCUUGUGUUUUUUUUCCUGCAUUUUUAUGAUUUUUUUGUGACCAUUGGGCCACUCUGCUGUUUUUUUUAAAAAAAAUUCUGGAUUUGAAUUUCUGUGUGGUGGGUGGCUGGGGGAACAGUUGAGGAGGGGUUUGCAAGAAUCUGGAAGCUUGUGGUUUUUUUUCUGCAUUUUUAUGAUUUUCUGUGACCAUUGGGCCACUCUGCUGUUUUUUUAAAAAAAAUUCUGGAUUUGAAUUUCUGUGUGGUGGGUGGCUGGGGGAACAGUUGAGGAGGGGUUUGCAAGAAUCUGGAAGCUUGUGUGGUUUUUUUCUGAAUUUUUAUGAUUUUUAUUGUUCCUUCAAUUUUUGAAUUUAUUGUUCCUUCAAUUUUUGAAAUGCUCUUUACAGUAUGUGUGACCUUAAAGAGCACUUAAUAAACUCUUGUUGUACCAAAUUUGGCUUUGUUUGGACUUUUUUUGACCAUAGGAACGCAUUAAUUGAAUUUCAAUGCAUUCCUAUGGGAUUUCGUGCUUUGCAAGACGAAAAAUUCGCUAGACGAAAAGCUCGCGGAACGAAUUAAUUUCGUCUUGCGAGGCACCACUGUAGGUCUUUUAGGACCAGUGUUAUAUAGUCUCAGCGGCCACUCCCAGUCACCAGUCUAGCUACCGCAUUCUGGAUUAGUUGUAGUUUCCGGGUCACCUUCAAAGGUAGCUCCACGUAGACCGCAUUGCAGUAGUCCAAGUGGGAGAUAACCAGAGCAUGCACCAUUCUGGCAAGACAGUCCGUGGGCAGGUAGGGUGUCAGCUGGCAUACCAGAUGGAGCUGGUAGUCAGCUGCCUUGGAAACAGAAUUGACCUGCGCCUCCAUGGACAGCUGGUAAAAGUGGCACACCUAGUCGCUGAGGUCACUUAACAUAAAACCAUCAGAAGAGAUCAGGCCAAAGACUCAUCUAAUCCAGGUCCCUGUUCUCAGAGUGGCCAACCCAAUGCCUGUGGGAAGCCUGCAAACAGAAUCCUCUUGUGAUUCUCAGUAACUAGUGUUCAGAGGCAGAGGACUCCAGGGAUGGAGCCGGACUACAGAUCUUCAGAAGGAAGGCAACACCAUCCUGAGAACGCAUAGAGUCCAUAAAUGAUCUCCCCUUGAUGAGGCUUAGAGUGACUUCAUCUCUUUAUAUGGGGCAACCCCCUGCCCCACCUGCCACAAAGGGCUUUGGGGAAGCGUAAGUUAUUUCCUUCACAUCGUCACCCUAAUCCACCUCUCCUCCCAUUUGCAGGGCAGAACUGGGCCAAUGUUGCAAUGCUUCCUUCUCAAUAGUCUUGACCAAGGAAAACACCCCGCUGGGAUCAAGCAUCACCUUUGACGGAAUGAAAGGAAAGGCGUUUCCGGCGAGCGCUAAGCUGGUGGAUUUGCUGCCAGAGGUGUGUGGGGGGGGGUAUUUGGGGUGGGGGGAAAGAGCCACAACCCAGAGCACAUGCCGGUACAGAAGGUUCAAUUCUUGGUCUCUCUCGUUUAAACUGGGCAGAGGAACCUUUGGCUCACAGGUCUCCCCUGGCCUGCCAGGCCUCCCCUUGCGGUCCAUACCAACCUGCCCUAUAUACCUGAUGCCACCUAUGAACCCUGUUUUUGUGGGGUCAUUUCUAGUUAAUACAUCCUGGGGAUGUGCAAAAGAUUCUUGCAGUGAUGCACUCAACCACCUGCUCAUUAGACCCCAGCCAGAUAGGUGGGGUAUAAAUAAAAUAUAAUAAUAAUUGAGGCUGCAUUUUAAUGUUGUAUUUUUAAACUUGUUUUUUAAGUUGUAUUUCAAUCAACUUGCUUUUAUUAUUGGUUGUUAGCUUCCCUGAGCCUGGUCUUGCUGGGGAGGGCGGGGUAUAAAUAAAAUUUAUUAUUAUUAUUAUUAUUAUUAUUAUUAAUCCUUUUCCAUCCUUACUUAUUAAAGCUAGCCAGGGUGGGGUGACUAAAGGGGUCAAAGGUGUGGUCAACACAUCCUUGCAUGAGGGAAUGGCACCUGACACCCAGUCAGAUGCGCGGUGUACAAAUAAUAAAACUAUUAUUAUUAUUAUUAUUAUUAUUAUUAUUAUUAAGGCCAUGGUGAAUCUGUUACUCAAAAAGCCCAUCGUAGACCCAAUGGAGGGUAACACCCAUGAACCAGUUGCCAGUAUCCCUUUCUUGGCAAAGGUGGUUGUGGAGCUGGUAUCCCGGGAAGACUGGGGUUGCCUAGACAAAUUUGUCCAAAUUUUGGAGACCCAAAGCUGGGGUGUGCGUCUUCCGGGAGUGAGUCACGUGACCUGUGCCUCACUCCCACCCUGAAAAAGUCCUUUUUUUGGUGGGGGUGGUGGCAUUUGCACCCAAAAUGGCUGCUGCAAUCUUGCGUGAAAAAACAGGCUGUCCAUUUUUUGCCCCAGGGGCACUUGGCAGGUAUGCUACAAUCUGGGUUUAGACCUGGUUUUGGAACAGAGCCUUUAGUGUCCUCAACCUAGUCCUGUGGAACUCUCUGCCACGAGAGAUUCACCAAGUGAAUUAUGUGUCAACUUUUAAAUGCCUGCUGGAAACUUUUCUGUUCUGCUAGGCCUAUGCAGGAAAUUCAGAGUGCAUCCACCCAUAAUGGUUUAUGGAGGUUUGCUUUUAGUUUUUAACUUUUUAUGACAUUAUUGUUUGGCUUUACGCUUUUAUAUUAUUGUAAAAUGCUGUGAUAUAUUUUUAUGACACAGCGUCCUAUCAAUAUUUUUAUACAUGAAAAUGAUUUCCCACUCCUGAGUUAAAGGGUAACAGAAUCCUGGUGAUCUAAGCCAAUAUUUCUUUUGUAUGUUUUUAUUAAGAUUAUUUCUCUCCUGCACUCCCAAAAAUCUAGAGGUCACCCUUCCCAGACUCCCAGUAUAGUCACUGUGCUGUAGUGGGCAAUGGUGGGAUUCUACGAAACAGCAGCUGUGGUCAGGAGAUUGACCGGGCAGAUCUAGUAAUCAGGUAACUUAUUUCUUCUUCCUUUUUGAGGGAAACUGGUGGCACUGCAAACUGGUGGGAAUCACAAAUAAUAUGGGGUCCUUUUACAGUGUUUAUUCCCAGGUGGCCUUGGUUUUUUUGUUUUGUUUUACUCAGAAGUAAGUAACAUUCUGCAAAAACCCUACUUCUCCUUGCAACUAGCCUUUUAACUGGCAGUUUCCCAAUUAUUUUAAAAGAGCAUUUGGGCCGAGUGGUAAAAUUCAUGCUUUGCAUACGGAAUGUCCCAGGUUCAGCCCCUGCUAUUUUCAGUUUUAAAGCAUAGCUGUCAACUGUCCCUUAUUUGGUGGGAACGUCCCUUAUCUCAGCGCCGUGUCCCGCUGCUGUCCCUUAUUGAUGAUGUCCCUUAAAUUUCCCAGGUUUCAAAGGAAGCAGCUCCUUUCCCUCCCUCCCUCCCUGCCAGCCAGGGAGGAGGGAGGCUCCAACUGUGUUGCUUGGCUGCAUUGCUCACACAAUAAGGAGUCUAAGAACGACUGGGGGGUGGAGCUUGCAUGCCUUGUGCCGAUCAAAUCGGCCACGUUGCCUGGGGACUCGCCUUUGCUCAGCGGUUCCCAGCGGAGAGGUGACAGUGGUUUUCCUUGCUGCAUCCCCUUUGCUGGGUUGCUGCGCUGUGGGAACCACCGCUUGAGGCUUCGUUUGGCUGCUGGCUGGGCUUUCUGCCUUUGGCUUGGAGGGGCUCAGAAGUUGAACAUACCUGUGCUUGGAAAAUCCCUUAUUUUGGCUGCUGAUCCUUUAUUUUCGAGGCUGCUGGUCCCUUAUUUUCAAAUCUGUAACUUGACAGCUAUGUUUUAAAGGCAAUGGGAAAGAUCCACCCAUGCCUGAGAUUGUGGAAAGCUGCUGCCAGUCCGAGUAGACAUUAUUGAGCUAGAUAGACAGGUGGUUGGCCCUGGUUUAAGGGGGCUCCCUAUGUUUCUAAUAUUGGAAGCAGCCUAAUGCUGAGCCCAUGUAUGUAGCCCAGUGUCAUCAACACUGACCGGCAGCACACCUCCAAGGUCUUGGGCAGAGUUCUGCUCCUUGAAUCUUCUUGUUCCUGUUCACUUGUGGUCUUUGCAUUCCUAAAUUCACCGUUCAUUAGUUAGUAAUGUCUCUUGCAGGAGCUAAAUCUUUCAUUAUUGGCUUCUUCUUUCCCUCCAGAGCAAUUGCUCAUUUAAAUACACUUAAAAAGUAGACAACAAAGGAGCAAUUGGCUGCAAAGAGGAAAGCACCGAGUCAGAGAGAGAGAGAGGGAGAGAGAGAAAAGAAAACGUACCUCAUAGAACAGAACUGCCAGUUUAGCAGCUGAUUUAAGAAUGCUGCAGUCAGUGAACAGGAAGCAACUAAAUACAAAGGUAGAAGCUCCAUUAAAAGAGGGAAGCUGUUAAAGAAACGGUAGAUUGGGAAAGCAUCAAUACUACUGUGUGAGUCUACACUGGACGGCCUGAAACUGCUGUUGGCUUUUAAGAAAAGGGGGAAAAGAUAUAUAAUGAAAUGAAAAGGAUGUUUAAAAUAAGGUUUGUAAAGAAAAUCAGAAGCUUUUCUCUUGGGAAUUAUAGGGACAGAACUACCUAAAAUGUAUAGGAACUUAUUCAUGUAUGCGACUACAGCGGCAAGAAUGUGACUUGCCUAAAAAUGGAAAGAAGAAGCAGCCCCAGCAAAGGAAGAAUGGAUACAAAAACUUAUAGAAUAUGCAGAAAUGGCAAAAGUUACUGGAAGAAUAAGAAAUCAAGAUAACAAACUUUUAUAAAAGAAUGGAAAUGGUUUAUUGAAUAUUUACAGAUAAAUUGUAAACAGAUAAAAACAUUGGCAGGAUCAUUGUAAUAACCUGCAGUUUCAUAAGAGUAUAUAUUUAAAGAAGAUGAAUAAAUGAACAAAUUGAGUUAAUUUGGAUAUGAAGAAUAUUUUUUUUUAAAAAAAUCAGGAUCUGCAGAAAGUGGGGGAAGGAAGUCAAGUUUUGAAAUGUCAAAAUGAUUGUAAAAUCAGUGAAAUGUAUACAGUGGUGCCCCGCAAGACGAAUGCCUCGCAAGACGGAAAACCCGCUAGACGAAAGGGUUUUCCGUUUUGGAGGUGCUUCGCAAAACGAAUUUCCUAUGGGCUUGCUUCGCAAGGCGAAAAUGUCUUGCGAGUUCCUGCGGGUUUUUUCCCCUCCCCCCCCUUUUUCCCAAGCCGCUAUGCCGCUUAUCAGCUGAUCGCUAAGCCGCUUAUCAGCUGAUCCGCUAAGCCGCUUAACAGCUGAUCCGCUAAGCCACUAAGCCGCUUAUCAGCUGAUCCGCUAAGCCGCUAAGCCGCUUAACAGCUGAUCGCUAAGCCGCCUAUCAGCUGAUCCGCUAAGCCGCUUAACAGCUGAUCCGUUAAGCCACUAAGCCGCUUAUCAGCUGAUCCGCUAAGCCCGCUAAGCCGCUAAUAGCGCUAAUCCGCUAAACCGCUAAUGGGCUUGCUUCACAAGACGAAAAAACCGCAAGACGAAGAGACUCGCGGAACGGAUUCUUUUCGUCUUGCGAGGCACCACUGUAAAUUUGAAAGGUAUAAAUAAAAAAUUUAAAAAAGGAAAAAAAGAAACCUUAACAAAUCAGGCCUGAAAAAUAGAUGCAGGGAUAGCACGCAGAGCCCUGGAAUGUGAUGUGUUGGCAGUUUCGUUGCCUAGAUUCUCCAUGAAGCCUGUCUGAAUGAGAGUUCCCCAACGGUUGCACGAGAGCUGAUUCUGUUUUUCCACUUUCUCCCUCUGAUCCAGGUUCAACCUACCUCCCAUGAAUUUCUCUGAAGACGUGGGAACCAAGUCAGACCUGGUGACUUUAAAUCCCAGCAUCCUUAAUGAAAAGUAAGGGAAAGAUCCGAGAAUGCGCUGGCUGUCUCAUAAUUUAAGUCAUGGGUAGCAAACUGAGGCCCGGGGGCCGGAUCCGGCCCAGUCGCCUUCUAAAUCCGGCCUGUGGUGGUCCGGGAAUCAGCGUGUUUUUACAUGAGUAGAAUGUGUCCUUUUAAUUAAAAUGUAUCUCUGGGUUAUUUGUGGGGCAUAGGAAUUUGCUCAUUUCCACCCUGCCCCCCCAAAAAAUAUAGUCUGCCCCCCCCACAAGGUCUGAGGGACAGUGGACCGGUCCACUUCUGAAAAAGUUUGCUGACCCCUGAUUUAAGCAGUUGUAGGAAGCAGUAACGAAGCUGCACCCAGCGGCCAGUGCUUCCUGCUCCGCAUGUAGCAGGUCGUGGGUUCAAUCCCUGGCAUCUCCAGGUAGGGCUGGCAGGGGCUCCUCCCUAAAACCCUGGAGAGCCCCUGCCAAUCAGUGCAGGCAUUACUAAGCUAGAGAGGCCAAUGGUUUGACUCGGUGCUCCUGUGUAUUUAAGAUUUGUUGUUAAAUACAUCAUUUGCGGGUGGCGCUGUGGGUUAAACCACAGAGCCUAGGACUUGCUGAUCAGAAGGUCAGUGGUUCGAAUCCCCGUGAGGGGGUGAGCUCCCGUUGCUCGGUCCCUGCUCCUGACAACCUAGCAGUUCAAAAGCACGUCAAAGUGUAAGUAGAUAAAUAGGGAUCGCUCCGGCGGGAAGGUAAAUGGCGUUUCCAUUUACUGCACUGCUCUGGUUCACCAGAAGUGGCUUAGUCAUGCUGGCCACAUGACGCGGAAGCUGUACGCCGGUUCCCUCGGCCAAUAAAGCGAGAUGAGCGCCGCAACCCCAGAGUCGGCCACGACUGGACCUAAUGGUCAUGGGUCCCUUUACCUUUACCUAGGUGCAUGAAAACAUGUUUUAUCCUGUGUAAACAUUUCAAAUACUUCAUGAAACCCAAAGGAUAAUUAUGGCCAUGCCCACACACCACACAUGAAAAACACACCGCUCCCCACAAAGGAUCUUGGGAGCUGUAGUUUGCUAAGGGUGCUAGGAAUUGUAGUCCCAGCAAAGGAAGAAUGGAUACAGAAACUUAUGGAAUAUGCAGAAAUGGCGAAACUCACGGAAGAAUAAGAAAUCAAGAUAACAAAUCUUUUACAAAAGAAUGGAAAUGGCUUAUUGCAUAUUUACAGAUAAACUAUAAACAGAUAAAAACAUUGGCAGGAUCAUUGUAAUAACCUGCAGUGGAUAAGAGUACAUAUUUAAAGAAGAUGAACAAAUGAACAAAUUGAGUUAAUUUGGAUAUGCAGAAUAUAUUAAAAAUAAAUUCAAGGAACUGCAGGAAGAGUGGGAAGUCAAGUUUUGAAAUGCCAAAAUGGUUGUACAAUUAGUGCAAUGUAUAAACUUGAAAAGUAUGAAUGAAUGAAUGGUGCUGGGAAUUGUGCUGUGUGAGAGAUAAACUACAGUUAGAGGAUUUGUGGGAGGCUGUAUGCUUUAAAUGUGCCUUAGGGCAGAUCAACCCCGUAUGUGCACAUCAAGCGCACAUUUAAAGCCCACGACUUCCCCCAAAGAACCCUGGGAACUGUAGUAUCCCUCUCGCACAGCUACAGUUCACAGUGGUUGUUGUUCACUCGUUUAGUCGUGUCCGACUCUUUGUGACCCCAUGGACCAGAGCACGCCAGGCACUCCUGUCUUCCACUGCGUCCCGCAGUUUGGUCAAACUCAUGCUGGUAGCUUCGAGAACACUCUCCAACCAUCUCUUCCUCUGUCGUCCCCUUCUCCUUGUGCCCUCCAUCUUUCCCAACAUCAGGGUCUUUUCCAGGGAGUCUUCUCUUCUCAUGAGGUGGCCAAAGUCUUGGAGCCUCAGCUUCAUGAUCUGUCCUUCCAGUGAGCACUCAGGGCUAAUUUCCUUCAGAAUGGAUACGUUUGAUCUUCUUGCAGUUCACAGUACCUGUUAUGUACUGAAGUUCUCACUCUGGGCCAGCAGGGGGAUACUGUAGAUAGUUCAGGUCCACAUAUGCAAAUAAGGGAUCAAAAGUGACAUUCAGUGAUUGGAUAGUUACAGAAAAUGGUUACUGUUGCGUUCUAGUGGAGCUCUAUAUAAGCAGGCUGGCUGAACCCUUCAGUUCAGUUCUGUUCUGGCCUGGGAAUAAACAAGAGCUGUUUGAAGAAUCGCUGUGUCGUCUGAUGUGUUCACCCACAACUUAACAGUACCCAUCACAAACUACCGUUCUCAGGAUUCUUUAAAUGUUUGGUGUGGCUGCCCCCACAGCUCCAAUCCAUGUUGCAGUCCAGGAGGUACUGAUGAGAUCAGUCAGCUUAGAAACUGCAGAUAGGAUGAAAUUUUCUCCUCCAGGCUUAAAGAACGUGGCUUGAUUGUUUUGUUCCUUCCCCAUCUCCUGCAGCUUCCAAAGACUGUCGGACCGCCGGAAGCCUUUUGCCGAUUCCCUGCGCCUUUAUGGGGGCGCUUUCUUCCUCAUUCCUGCCUUCUCCUUCGUGGGACACACCGAUGUCAGCUACCGUGCCCUGUAUACCAUGGAGGACUUUGGCUUGUCUCAGAGAGCUCUCUUCCUGAACCCCCAUUACCUGGCCCCACUGGGUAGCUACUGGAAGUCGAGGGGCUUAGGGCCCAAACGCCUCUCCUCUGGCUUCAUGUUCACUAGUAUGGCUUUGGAGUUGUGCGAGCGCAUCACUCUCUACGGAUUCUGGCCUUUCCAACACGACCUGGAGAACCAGCCCAUUCUCCACCAUUACUACGACAACAGGCUGCCCAAGCAGGGAGUUCACGAGAUGCCAAGCGAGUUUUCCCGAUAUCUAGACAUGUACGCCCAGGGGGUUCUGCGCUUACGGCUUGGCAAGUGUCCGUGAGAAGGAAGCUUCCAUCUGAAUGGGCAAGGGUUGAUUGGGUGUCUCCUGAGCCGUGGAAGAACGGGCGGCACAAAUAAUGGCACCAGGUUGCAAUGCUCAGCGAAGCCGGAAGGCAGCAGUGCAGACAGCCCAAAGGAGUGUUUUGUUGACGCAAUCAAAGGCCGCUCAUUCAAAUCGGAAGAACUUUCCCACCCCUCUGGAUGUGUUAAGGAACACGAGUGAAAUUCCUCUAAGAACAGGAGGCUCGUCUGUGUCCCAGGAUCGGUAGACUGAGCGACAGAGUGUGGUUAGAGUGUGGCGCUGAUAAUGCCAAGGUCAUAAGUUUGAUUCCCCUAUGGGACACCUGCCUGCUUCUGCAUUGCUGGGGGUUGUGCUAGAUCAGGCAUCCCCAACCUGCGGCCCUCCAGUUGUUUUGGCCUACAACUCCCAUGAUCCCUAGCUAACGGGACCAGUGGUCAGGGAUGAUGGGAACUGUAGUCCAAAACAUCUGGAGGGCCACAGGUUGGGGAUGCCUGUGCUAGAUGGCCCUUGAGGUCCCUUUCAACUCUACAAUUCUACGACAACGUGUGUUUCUUUGUGUUAGUGUUCAUAUUGUAUUUGUAAGCCACUCUGUUAUUUUACUUUUUUUUUUUGAAGAAAGAUUUUACUGAAGUAAAUCAAAUCAAUAGAAAUAACAGAAGAUAAUGGACUUUGCAGAACUGGUGAAAAGUCAGAAACCAGCAAGAUCAAGCAUUCCAAAAGGACUGGAGUAAAUUUAUACGAUAUCUGAAAGAUUAUUGUAAGCAAUUAACAUCACUAGCAGGGUUGUUUGAAAACUUGUAACGAGAAAUUCUCUACCUUUCAAUAUUUAUUUAAAUUUUAUUUUGUAAUGUGUGUAAUUAGAAUUGGAAAACGUACAAAAUGCAGCGAUAUAAAGGCUAAUUUUGAAAGCCAUGAGGCAGGAGGGAAGGAAGUUGACAGGCUCUAAAGAGCCAGGGACGCAAAGUGGAGUGUUAUGAUGUGAAUGUAUAUUAUAAAAUGGAAUGUGUGUGUGUGUGUGUGUGUGUGUGUGUGUGUGUGUGUGUAAACACCUGAAAAAAGAGAAAUAACAGAAAUACAAAAAAGUGGCCAGCCC